UAUCAGUAAUGUCACUGUCAAUAAAAUAAACCAACGGCAUCCAGUUCCGUAAUUUCCAAAACAAAUAAUAAAAACACCUAUAAAUUAAUAUUGAGUCAGAAAUCAAAUAAAUUUGUGUGAAUUUACGAUAUAAUCGUAGUACCUAGGUAUCAUUUGAUUAAGUAAUUACCGAAAUGGUUUCGACAUAUCACAUAAUGAAAAUAUUCAAAAAAGCGACACACGAUAGAUUUAUGAUGAACUUGGAGGAAGACCCUGAAUUCCCUUCUACUGUUACUGUUGAACAGCAUACGAGCGAUAGCAGAUGCAGGAUUUGUCUUAAAAAAGGCACAAUCCCUAUUUGUAACGAGGAAAUUGACCUCUCGGUAGAUAUUUGUACUUUCGGCGAUAUUGUAAUAAGCAGAGACGACGAAUAUCCGAAGUUAAUUUGCGAUUCUUGUCUCAAACUACUUGAUUCAGCAAUACUGUUCAGAAAAACUGCAAAAGAUUCUGAUGAGAUUUUGAGAACAACUUCAAUAAAAAUUAGAAAGUGCUCCAAUAAAUCUAGGGAGUCAGAAAAUGAUGGGACUGAAUCAUAUAAGCCAGAGAAUCCCUCAGCAACAUUGUUGCAAAACUUUUUCUCAUCUGUAGAGAGCGAAAAUGAUCUAUUAUGCAAUGACACAAAUGCACCAAGUGGUCGAAAGAAGGUUACCAAGGUGCAGUGUAGAAUAUGCUUCAAGAUAAUAACUAAAGCGUACUACAAAGAACAUUUUGCUCUCCAUGAUCACUCUGAAGCAAGAUAUGUUUGUGACAUCUGUGGGAAGUCAUUUCGCCAAAGAUGCUCAUAUAGAACACAUUACUUUACCCAUAGUUUUGAAUUUCCCUACAAGUGUAAUCUAUGUCCAUAUAGGGGACGGCAUUCAGGUCUUUUGAAGACUCAUAUGCGUACACAUACAGGAGAUUAUAGGUACAUGUGUACUGAAUGUCCUGCUAGAUUUUUAACCAAGAGCAAUCUGAACAAACAUGCUUUGAAGCAUAGAGAGCCAACAUACAAAUGUGAUACCUGCCUGAAAGGGUUCCAUUCUAAACUUGUUCUAGAAAGACAUUUUGAAGCAGAUCAUUUAGGGAUCAAGAAUCAUAUUUGCAAUGUUUGUGGCAAAGCUUUUGGCUAUAGAAAGGCUAUGAUGCGACAUCAGCUUGAUGUUCAUAAAAGAGAAAAGAAAAUGAACGGAAGGACACCUGCUUACUUAGAGGCUGAAGUUAAGAAAUUGGAGGAUAGUUUAUGAAUAAAAGAGAAAUUAUAAUGGUAUAAUUUUGACUUUGAUACAAUCCAAUUCCCAUUAACUCAUAAAUUAUGUGAUACAUAAGGAAUAAGAUUAAUUAUUUUACUAUUACUGAAUUAACCAUGAAUUUGACUCAGACUAAUUAAACUUUAUCUGAUAUCAGAUGCCGAAUAGUAAAGGCCAAACAAGCCUUUUACAACAAAAAAUAUUUUGUUGAACAUUUUUGUUUGAAAGAUUCGCAAGAAUUUUGUGAGGACAUACAUCUGGAGAAUUGCAUUGUAUAUAUGCAGAUAUAUGAGAGGAUAUAAGCAGACUUGAGAGGGUUUUAAGAUUGAGAUGUGGUGCUGGAGGAGGAUGGAGAGAAUUACUUGGACAGAAAGAAUUACCAAUGAAGAAGUAUUAAAUACUAUUAAAUAGAAUAGGAAGUAAAAGACAAAUAUUGCAUAAUAUAGGGAACAGGAGAAGAAAAAUGAUAGGACACCUUAUACGUCACGACGAUUUUAUCAAAAACAUCGUGGAAGGGAAAGUCGAAGGAAAGACUGGAAGAGGUCGUCCAAGGUAUAGCUACAUCAAGCAAAUUAAAGAGAAGGUGAAUGUUGUGACGUAUAAGGAAGUUCAGUAGUUGGCGCUAGAUAGGCGUAAAUGGAAGGAGCUGCACGGACAAGAGCUGGGCUCUUAAAUUGAAGAA